UUCAAGAUGGCGUCCAAUGCCUAGUUGUUCUGUCGAUGAGAAUUGAGUAAAUUGAAGUGCGUUAAAACGCACCUAAAUGUAAAGAGUAUCUGUGAUAUGUAAUCUUCUUUAAAGAUUUUAUUCUUAUAUCCUCGAUUUGAAGCAGACUUUAUGGAGGUGACAGGGUUCCCAUUCCUCGCCACACUAGGAUUUUAUUUCGGCUAGGCCGCUGCCUGUUGGCAUCUCUUUCUUCUUAAACGUCAGCAUUUGCUACUACUCUCCAUGUCAGGACCUGACGCAGUAAAGUUGGAGAACACAGUCGAAGAAGCAGAGACUCAGUUGUCAGCUGACAUCAUUGAGUCGUCUGUAGCAGCAGAUAUAAACUCUGACAACAGUCAGUCAUCUACGAGUGUCCCUCCAGAUAUCACACAAACUGACACCUACUCAUUAGAUGACCCCUAUACCAGUGAUCCUCCUGACCUUAACCCAGAGGAGGAUACCAACCUUCCCACGAAGGCCAUCAAGAAAGAAGGUGACUUUCUGACACUUACAACAUAUGAGGCAGCAGAGUUGAGCGACUCAAGUGGCCCGCCUGAUAUUACCAGUGCUGCUUAUGAGAAAACUGAAGAGGAAGGGGGUAUUGAGAUUAAAGAUUAUUCUUAUGUGGACUCCAAUUCGCCAGCCCCCUUACUAACAAGUUUAGAAGAGCAGGGAGAGUUCACAGACUUUCCCACGGAACUUCCAGAGGAUCCCCAAAAUAUCUUCCCUGACACUGAUCCUCCACCUGAUCUGCUUCACCAGGAGGAUUUAACACCUCCAGAGGGGUAUUUGGGUUCCUCUUUCCCCGAGUCUAGUCUCUCCGAGUCAUUGCUGGCCGUUGCCCCUGGAGAUAUUCUGCCUGUUGUUUCACUUCCUCAGGCAAAUCCAAACUUCUUUCAACAAAGCAAGAAUUUGUCUUUGUCUCAAAACAUCAAGCGAGGACCUGGAAGGCCAAGAAAAGAUGGUCAGGAACCUGCACCAAGGAGGAGGUCAUCAUCAAGCAAACCUUUAGCCAAAUCAAUUGUUACAAAAGCUCAGAGGAUUUUACACAACAGUGCAGGCAUCAGCAGGAAAUUUCCACCUUUUGAUCAAAUGGACUCUGGGAGUCAGAGUUCACUGUCUCAGGCAGAGGUUCCUAUGAUUCCCCUCGCUAUGGACACAGGGGAAGAAACGACCCAGUAUGAAAUGGAUGAAGAUGUAUCUACAGUGAUGUCUGAAAACAUGGAUGAAGCUAGUUUAGACUCACAACUGCCAGUUCGUGUCUGCGGUCUGUGUAACUGUGGAGAAAGAAGCUUGCUGGGUCAGGGGGAAAUCUUUCGAUUUGAGCCCACUCAAGGCUUUAACUUCCGAAAGACUCUCGCAAAAAAUGACAAGAAACCUGCUGAUUUUGAUGAGAGAUCACAAGAGAAGGAGGGCACUUCCAAACCUUUGACCUGGAGGAGGAACAGAGGACCUAUUAAAGGAAUGAGUGAAAGGGAGAGAGAGAAGAGUCACUCACCAAGAAGAACUGGAAAUGAGGAUGACCCUUGCAUGCUUUUGGGGGAUGAACUUACAGUGUUAGGAUUCCCAGAGGAAAUAGAAGCAAUGCAUGUGUUUGAAUCAACAGGUCAUGUGUGGGCACAUCAUCUCUGUGCUGCCUGGUCAGAUGGAGUCAGUUCUACCGUUGAUGGAACUCUCAAGUUUGUUGACAAGGCUGUCUUCAAUGGGCUUUCUCAGAAAUGCAGUUAUUGUAGGCGAUAUGGAGCCACUAUCAACUGUGUCUAUCCCAAGUGUACAAAGAAGUACCAUUACCCUUGUGCUGCCGCUGGUGCAUGUUUCCAGGACAAGAAGAAACUGGCCAUUCUAUGCCCUGAUCAUUCAGAUCAAGCUGAGGCUAUUGCUGGUGAAGAAGCAUACUGUGUUUUGUGUUGCCAAGCUGACAAGAUCAAUAAACAGCUGUUCUGUACUUCCUGUGGACAUCAUUAUCAUGGUGGCUGUCUCCAUCCAUCAGUGGCUCUAUCUCCUGAGGUCAGAGCAGGCUGGCAAUGCCCAGACUGUAAGGUGUGCCAAAUGUGCAGACAACCAGGUGAGGACAGUAAGAUGCUGGUGUGUGACACCUGUGACAAGGGAUACCACACAUUCUGUCUGAAGCCUGUCAUGACAGCCAUACCAAAGAAUGGAUGGAAGUGCAAGAACUGUAGAGUGUGUGGGGACUGUGGUGCACGAACCCCAGGAAGUGGACCGAGUUCACGAUGGCAUUUGAACUACUCUGUGUGUGACAGUUGUUAUCAGCAGAGAAACAAGGGCCUGUCCUGUCCAUUGUGUGGCAAGGCUUACCGACAGUUUACACAGAAGGCCAUGAUACAGUGCAACACCUGCAAAAAGCAUGUUCAUGCUGAAUGUGAUGACUACAUUGACAAUGUGAUGUUGGAGAGGGUUAAGAAUGAAGAACAGGUGGACUACAUGUGUUCUGUUUGUCGCAACAGAGAUCCAGAGGUGAGAAUGGAAUCUGUGUUUCCUUUUAAUAUUCCUUACCAUGAGGAGCCAAGUAAUGAAAUGUUUGACAUCAAAGGUAAUUAUUCUGACAUGGAAAAUGCUUCCUCCAUCAUGGAUGAAAGCUCCAGCUCCUUCCUCCUAAAUGAAGACUCAAUCUCUAGCAUGGAUAUAGACAUCAAUGCACUGGAAAAGUUUUCUAGCCCUCCCCAUAUUCAUCCCCAUAUAGAGGGGUGUGGUAUCGGUAGCAAAGGAGGAAAACUGAAUGCCAUGAGCCGCAAGAAAAUAGGAGUGUCAAAUCCUGGAAGGUCAAGGGGAAGACCAAUGGCACCAGAAAAGAAAAAAAGACCUCCAGCAUUCUGUGAGAGAAAGAGGGGACCCAAACCAAAGCUGAAAACCAGUCAGCCUGGACUACAAGCACAGAUAUCACCAGCUCUUCCUGGAGAACCUCCAAAGAAGACUCAGUUUUCAACAGAAGAGGAUGACGAUGGUGAUGAUCAUCCACAGACCAUUAUACUGGCCAAUGCCCAGGACAGAUUUGUCCUAGAUCAGGAUGUUUGCAAAAGUUGUGGCAGUUUUGGUCGAGGAGAGGAAGGAAAGCUUAUUGUCUGCACCCAGUGUGGCCAAUGUUAUCAUCCAUACUGUGCCAGUGUCAAGGUAACUAAGGUGAUUCUUCAGAAGGGCUGGCGUUGCCUUGACUGCACUGUUUGCGAGGGCUGUGGGAAGCCUCAUGAUGAAGGGAGAUUACUCCUGUGUGACGAGUGUGAUAUCAGUUACCACAUAUAUUGUUUGGAUCCACCCUUGAACCAUGUGCCAAAAGGAACCUGGAAAUGUAAAUGGUGUGUAAUGUGUGUGAACUGUGGCAGUACCACUCCAGGCUUUGGCUGUAAUUGGCAGAACAAUUACACUCAGUGUGGUCCCUGUCGCAGUAAGAUAGACUGUCCAGUGUGUCGACAUAAGUACCACGAGGAUGAGAUGAUUAUCCAGUGUCUGCAGUGUAAUCGCUGGCUACACGCCCUCUGUGAUGGACUCCGGUCAGAGGAUGAUAUGGAGAGGGCUGCUGAUUAUGACUAUCAGUGUUUGUUCUGUAGACCAAAGACAGGCAAAGACGGACCAUUGCCACCACCUCCCCCACCACCGACACCACCACCUGUGGAGAUAGAAGAACCCUCCACCCCUCCAUUCUACAGAGAGCCAGUUGAGAGCUUAAGCAGCUACUUUUCCAAGUUUCCUCCAGUCUAUUUUCCUAUCGAACCUAUUCCUCAAAAGCGAUACUUGAUGGACGGAGUUUACUUGUCGGAGACAGGAGUACAACACAUGCAGGAAAUAACGAUACAGAUUCCAAAAGUGAAACGACAGAGACGUACCAACAAACGACCAUCAAUUGAUAUGUUACCAGGGCAACGCUUGGCAACUCAGAUGUCUACAGAGGGAGAUGAAUUAGAAAAAGAUGGCCUAGAUGAUACGAGUGAGGUGACUACCCCACUAACAGCUGAAGUCAGAGGGGAUGGCGACUCCCUGCUGAGCCCCACAGGACAGGUACCCCCAGGAAUCCCUUUGGAGGGGGAGAAGAAAGAGAGAAAGAAGAGGACAACUAUUGGACUGGGCGUGGGAGGAUUUAUUGCCAAACAAAGGAGUAGACAAGCAAAUGUUAAGAGGCAAAUGUCAGAAGUUCCUGCGGAAUUGGCAGAUGGACAACCUCGUCCUGAAGGUGAGGAUGGUGAACCAGUUCCAAUUCAGUUAGGGGAAGGUGAAAUGAAGAAACAGAGGAAGCGCCAAGCACGCAAGAAAAGUCAACUGGAAAACAGUUUUCCCAACUAUCUACAGGAAGCCUUCUUUGGAAAGGAUAUCCUGGACAAAAGUAAAGCCAAGGUCAAACAAGGUCACAGAGCAGACUCAGAUUCAGACAACGAAUCAAGGGCAUCUACCCCUAACCUGCCAAAAGACAUCCCCCAGCCCUCGCUGUUUCCUGAGUUAAACCAGGGAAAUUCUAAGCUCCCUGCAGCUCUGCCCUCUGUUGGAACCUCUCAAUCUGUUCUAUCAGCUGGGGCAUCAUUAGUUCCGAGUUUUCCAGGAACUAGUGGUGACAUUAACCCUAUAGGGGAUGUGUUACCAGACCUAGAAGAACUACCACCUGAUGAUCUUCUGAGUAUUUUCAAAGAUGGAGAUCUCCCUAUAUCAGAGGAACAGCCUUCGACCAGUCAACCCACAGCAGGACCCAGUGGGGAGCUUCCAGACAUCCUGUCUGACGUGGAAACCACUAUUGAUGUUGAUAAAAUGCUUCCUGAUGAUUUGACUCAGAUAGAUGGACAGACAGUGGAUGACAUAUUCAAGGGAGUCCUUCAACCUGAUGGAGAUCCUAAUCAAUCUGUACCAGGUGGAGGACCUCAGUUCCCUGUGGGUGGCCCCUCUGUACCACGUCUACCACCCCACAUGCAACACCCAGGACAGAUGCCACCAAUGCCUGGAAUGCCUUACGGAGACUUCAGGGCGAUGGGAGGAGAACAGCCCUCCUGGCAACAGGUGGGGGCUGAUGGUGAAGAUGGUGGAGGCACCACCACAAGCCGCCGUAAUAUGCUGAAGUGGGAGUGUGAUGAGGACCUAGGAGAGAAAUCCACCAUUUCUGCCGUGUUGUACUGCAAUCUGAGGCAUCCAGAGCUUAAACAACAAUACCCAGAUUGGUCAGAAAGAGUUAAGAAAAUUGCCAAGGCUUGGCGAGAGUUAUCCUCUGAUGAGAAGCAACCUUAUUUGAUGCAGGCCAGGAAAAACCGAGCUAAUACUAAGACACAAGAAUUUAAAAAGAAGAAUAAACCCCCAAUAAUGGGACCGCCAAUGCCUCCAGGACCCCAGGGACAAAUGCCUCUCGCUCAAAAUUCUCCUUAUCCACCUCAAGGUGACAAUAUGGGUUCCCCUCUUGGCAUGAGUCCUUCUAACAGAGUACCCAGUAGUCCCUCUGUGAUGACCACACCAGAAGGUCACUCCCCUGGUCAGAUGCCGGGUAGUCUACCAGAGAGUCCCCUUAGUCACCCCACCACCCCACAGGAUCCGAGGAUGAUGGCAUCACAUGGUGACCCCUUCAAUCCAGUAAUGGCACCACCAGGAAUGCGGCAUCCUCAGGGGGGACCUCCUAGACCUCCCAUUGUCCGAACUGCUUCAGGUGGAAUGGACCCAUACAGUCAGGAUCCUUAUGUUAAGCCUCCCUCAACUCCCAUGUCAGGACCACAAACUCCCCAAAAGUCCCCAGCAAAACUGCAGUGGCCUGGUCAGGCUCAGGAGUCUGAUUCCUAUGAAAACCCUUCAGGUACUCCGAUGGAGGGAAUCAGUUCUGGACAUGGUCCAACUCCAGGUCACCCAUUUGAUCCAUAUGCACAGCCACCUCACACACCUAGGCCAGGAAUGGUUCCUCCACAAGGGGGUCCAAGGCCACCAUUCUCUCGUCAGUCUUCUCUGCCAGCUACUCAGACCUCCCACACUGAGGAUCCUUAUGCUUUUCCUCCCAGUACUCCUGGUCCAAGACCAGCAGGAGAGGUCCAAAGUCCAGAUGGUGGGGGGAGACAGCCAGGAGACAUGUACCCUAGAAUGGGAGAUCAUCUGCGGCCUCCAUAUCCACCCAGCUCAGUCCCAGGUUCAAUGGGACAGCCAUUACAUGGUACAGCUUCUGAACUGUACAGAAUGGGUGGACAGGCAGGCAUGAGGCUCCCAUUUAGACCCCCAGGUCCACCCACUUCAAGACCAGAUGUCUAUGGGCAACCUUUACACCCUGGUAUGGAGCCACCAAGGGAACAAUCUGCAUUACAGCAGAUGUAUGCUGCUGCCAGUAGACGUCAUGCACUAUUCCCUUUCUCUGGAAUGUUUUCCUCUAUUAAACAUCCUUAUUUGGGAUUGCAGGACAAGACAUCAGCUGGAGAAACAAGUCAACAAGUGAGAAAUAUCCUACACAAGCAGGCAGAGUCCAGAAUGAGGCAGGGCAAGGCCACACCGCCUCAGUCUCCCUGGGAGGGCCACCCACCAGCCUAUACUGAGGAGAUGACCCGUUUCCCCGGGUCCAGAGGGACGUGGCCGGCCCCACCCCGAAUGCCAGGGCCAAGGCAAAUCCCCCACCCCACUGAAAUGGAAGGUUAUGGUAUGCGACCUCCUUAUAAUGAAGGCGUUCACCCAGGACAGAUGAGGCAGCCCCGUCCCCAUGGCCCAAUGAUGCCAGAAAUGUACUCCCCCAAACAAUCCCAACAGAUGUCACCUGGCCAGCUGCCCAGUAUCAGGCCUGGACAAAAUCCAUUAGCUGGCCAUGAUCCAAGAUUCCCUAACAUAAUGGAACGCUUCCCUGUCCCGGGUCAGCAAGUGCCCCCUAAUCAGCAGGGAGCCCAACAGGUGCCCAGUAUGCCAGGUCAGGGUCAGGCCUAUAAAUCUUACCCCUCAGAGUCCGGAGAACAGAACAGGAUGACCCAAGGUACGAAAGAACAGAGGAAGCUUGAACAAGAGAGAGAGGAUGGAAAAACAACAGAGAACAAAGAGGAAAAGAAAGAAUCCGAGGAUGAGAAACAGCUUAAUGACACUGACCUUAUAGAUCUCUUAGGUUCUGAUGGAACAUUUGACAUUAUCAAAUUUGUGGACACAGACACUGAACUGAAUCUUGAUGAAAACAAGAGCAUCUUCGAUGAUCUGGAUGAAGUUGAAAAUGGUGCCAUGGAAAAAGCAGACAAUAAGGAAGAUAUGAAAAUAGCCAAAGACAAAAUGGACUCUGAACUGGAGACAUCAAAAUCAGGAGCUGGAAUCCCAGAUUUCCAAUCAAAGUUUUUAGAGUUCAGUCAGAAGAAAAAUGAGGAAAGGAAGAUUGGGACAGAGGGAGGUAGUCAGAUGAGUGAGAUGGAUAAAAAGGACCAACAAAAUAUCAGUCAGAUUGCUGCCCUCCUACAACAACAGAGCUCCGAACACAUGCCACCAACCCUGGAACGUAGAGACUCUGUCAAGUCUGACACUUCAGCUCCAGGUAAAGACCAGCUACCCAGAACUCCUGGCUCAGGACCUUUAACUCCAUCUGGAAUUCAGCCUGGUGUUGAUCAGAAUGCUGCUUAUCCAGGAAUGGCAUCCAGAGGGCCGUAUGCAGCAGGAAUGCACUCUCCUCUGCAUCAGGUGCCUCAACCCUCACCUGGCUCCAGCUAUCCCCCAGGUCAAGGACCACCAACUCCUGGCCUACCCUCUCCAAAAGUAAUGCCAUCACCAAGAAGUAACAUACCAUCACCUAGGACACCAACUGUUCAAUCACCAUUCAAUCCAAUGAACAGUCAACAGUCUCCAUUUCCACAGACUCAAUCUCCUUUCUCUCCAACAGUGUCGUCUGCUCCACAGUCACCUUAUGCUGGCUCUAAACCACAGCCACCCUUUUCUCUUCCUGUUGGAAGCACCAGUCAGACAGGAUACUCCACUGUGGAAGGUGGCACUCCUGCUCAAAGUCCAGGUCAAAGGUCACCAAGGGGAACCAUUACCCCAACAAACCAGUACAUGCAAGGUACUUAUGGUCAGCCCAUGAUGCAAGGACCUCCAAGAGGAACUACUCUAACUCCCACACCCAACAGUAUUAUGUAUGGAGGACAAUCAGGUGUCCCACAGCAUGGCUUGAGAAAUCCAGGUCCUGCUUCUAUGAGUGGAAGUAGACCACCUUUCUCAGGAGCAUCCAGUCAUCCAAUGGGACAUGGAAUGGAGACCCCCACUUCACAGAUGCAUCCUAUGGAUCCAUCUGCUGUGCCUCACAUGGCUACUUCCCAAGCACCUCAUGGAUCAGAAGUGCAGGGUCACCCACCAACCACUCAGACCACAGCUUCAAUGCCUCCUUAUGGAAUGCCAGGGCAGAGAAUGCCAGGCGUGAGGCCACAAAUGGGGGGAAUGACAUUACCUGUCACAACAUCUUCCCCAGGAUCACAGGGAAAUGUACGACCUCAGCUACUUCAGGAACAACCGCUCUUGAUACAGGAUUUGUUGGAACAGUAUGAAGAGGGUAACGAGAAGAUUAAGCUGAAACAAGAGAAGCAGGAACAGCAAAGGCAGGCCCAGCAACAAGCAAUGGGAAUAAUGCAGCGGCCCCCACCUGAGGGAAUGAUGGGUCAACCACCUAGACCGGGAAUGCCCAUGGGACAAUUCCGUCCCCGUAUGGAGGGAAUGAGGCACCCUGGGGACCCAAACUGGAAUCAAAAUGUGCAGAGGCCUUACGGACAACCAGAGAUCCCCCCAGGUCAACCACCAUUUGUACGAAUGCCAGGACAACAGAUGCCUCCUAGGAUGCCUGGUCCUUAUGGGGGUCAGCCCCCUGGUAUGGGCCCCAUGGGAAUUCAUCCUCCUCAACAACCACCCCCUCAACCCCCAAUGACAGGAGAGUUGACUCCUGAACUAGAACGGCAGCAACAACAAUAUGAGGAUUGGCUUAUGAGGCAUGGAAAUUAUAUAGAGAUGCAAGUCAAGGCAUUGGAACAGCAAAUUGGAAAGUGCAAGCGAACCAAAAAGGCAAUUAAUGCUAGAAACCGACAAGCCAAGAAGUCUGGAAGGGAACCCUCACCAAAUGAUGCCACUGAAUUAGAGAGAGUGACACAGGAGCAGGCAGUCCUUCAGAAACAAUUAGAAGGACUCCGCAAGCAGUCCAAACAGCACCAGAUACAGACCACAGAUUACCGUACAAAGAAAAGGGAACGAUAUGGCCAAGACUGGGCUUUCAGUCAGAUUCCCCCCACAACAGGUCCUGCCAUCAUACCUAUUCCUACAGGAGGAUUACAGCCUAGAAUCCCAGGCCAGCAGGGCUCUGCUCGCCUGACAGCCUCGGCCAGGCAGGCUUAUGAUGAGUACAUGCAGGAUCGACUCCGACAGUCACAGCAGAUGCCUGCGACAGCUCCUCGUCCACAACACACUGUGGUAGAAGAUAACAAGACUAAAGUGGCAGGGCCCAAAGCUAUCAUACAGGACAAUAACCCAUUCAGUGAGGAGUAUCAAGAGAGAGAACAAAGAGAGAGAGUUUACAGCUUACCCAAGCCACUGCCCGAUACAGAAAAACCUGAAAUGAUGAGACAGAUGCCCCAGUACUUUGAUCCCAGAACCGUGCCAUAUGACCCGAGUGGACGAUUCCCUGCCCCAAGAAUGCCGGGUGACCCUAUGCAACGAUUUCCUGGUCCUGGGCAGCGUAUGCCUUUUGAAGCAGCAGCUCGAAUGCCUGGUCCCCCACCACCACCACAAGACCCUGCUGCUAGACACCCUUUUCAACCAAGGAUGUACACACCCAUGAACCAGGGCCAAGUGGAGGGCCCCCAGGGGGGACCACACCCACAAAUCCCAUACCAAGCAGGUUUUUCUGCACCUACCACUGAAAUGGUAACCAACAUGGAAUCUGGCGAGAAAAAAUCAAAGAAACGUAAAAAGAAGAAGAAAACUGCAGAAAGCACAGCAGCAACCAAUGUUGGAGCCACUGAGCCAAGACCUCCAGUCCAGUUUACACCGCAGUCUGAGACAGAAAAACGCAUUAUGGAAAUUCUAAACAACACAGCAGGCUUGACAGCUCGAAAUCAACUCGAGGCCAUGGAGAAAUCACCAGGAAAAGCCAAAGGUAGUGAAACAUCACCGUCUGUCACAGUAAAUGACCAGAAACCGGGAACAAAGAAACCGGAUCCUGGAACCAGUUCUCUGGCGAUUCCUUCAACAUGUGUCUCUGGUCCUAGCAAUACAUACACUACAGCUAUUGCUCAACCUUCAUACCAAAGUGAAAACACUGAUACAGAAGACCAACAAGAGGAGCCUAUCUUGCCAAUGAAUGUGAUGAUUCAUCAAAGUAUUCCUCAGAGUGCAGCUAUUGCAUGUUCUCUACCCCAGGUACAUAGUGCUCCAUCUCAAAGUCAGCAAACAGACUCUGCUGCUCAUGUUCAGGAAUCUGACUCAGCUCCUCAAACUACAGAGAGUUCGUCAAAAACAGCUGAAGGAAGUGUUCAGUCCGAUCAAGUGCAUUCUCAUGAUAAAGCCCAAAUCAGUGCCUCAGAAGUGGAGGCUGCUCCAACACCAAUAAAUAUUGUUAAAGAAACAGAAAGUGUCACCUCACAUGUCCAACAUAUGCCACCCCAAACAUACCCCCCUGUAUCAACUAUGCAAGGACAUCAACUUCCUCCUCCAAAUAGUCAGGAAAGAAUGUCUCCCAGGGGAAUGAUUCCUCUGUCUUAUGUUAAUGCAUAUAACCAGGUUCAUGGAAGGAUGUCACCCAGACAAGCUGCUUUUGGUGGUGCACCUCGAGGAACAUCACAAAACCAGAUGUCCCCUAGGCAGUCUACAACGCCCUCUCCAGGGCGAUAUUCUCCAAGACAAGCUAGUCCAUCACAAACAGCUGGACCAUCUCCUGGACGGUACUCACCUCGCCAAGGUUCACCAGGUGUAUCUAGACCUCCAUCUAGGCCACCUUCUCAUCCUGGCCAGGAACAUAUACCUUCUCGGCAAGGACCCACUCCCAUUUCUUCAGGAUAUCCCAGCUGUACCCCUCCAGCUUCUCCAAGUGUUAAUCAUCCUUUAGCUACAUCAAAUGUAAGUUCUCCAGCAAGUGUUACAUCUGUGGAAAGUUCCUCCAGAAUAGAGACUUCUGUUGUUCAAACUGUGACAAACUUGGUUUCAAAUGUUCCAGCAAGCCAUGUACAGUCUGCUUCUCAGAAUCCAUCUGCUGUUCAUGUUGCUUUACCACCAGCAACUGAUGUGAGUGCAUCUGCAGCUGACCUAUCAAACACGAAUGUACAAGUUGUUAAUGUUAGUCAACCCUCUCAGGUUUCUGACUUGAAUAAUGUUCAAAACAUGACUACUGUGUCAGAAUCUUCAGUGUCAGAGGGAACAGAGCUAAGAGAAAAGACUAGUCCCACAGCACAUACAGACAGUAGUAAAGAUAAUAACCAGUGAUGUAUUAAAUGUGUAUUUAUGUGAUUUACAAAGUUAAUGUAUAUAACAAUGGACUUUUAUUAGAUCUGCAAAUAAAAAAUUUUGCAAUACA